UAAAAAUGCAAACAUCCUUUCACACAUUGCAAAUGUUAAGAUGAUUUUAACUCCAAACGCCUUAGACCAGUUAUCCAUCCAACAAGGCCUAGAGAACCAGGAUGUGAAGCUUGUGUGGAACCAGUCUUUAAUAUGAUCAAGAGGAGAUGUUGUGGUUUGUAGUAGUGGUAGGACUGGUUGAUGUGGUACGUUGUAAUUGGGAGAACUGGUGGACCUACGAUGGUAUAUCUGGACCAGCAUAUUGGGGACUAAUCAAUCCUGCAUGGACCAUGUGUAACAAGGGAAGACGACAAUCACCUAUAGACCUGGACCCAGCCUUUCUCAACUAUGAUUGUAAGCUGGAGAAUAUGAGCGUGGACAAGCAGAGUGUGAGUGCCCGAAUCACUAACACCGGGCAGUCCCUUGUUCUACGUGUAGAGGACGGUCAGCUCGCAAUAAAUAUUACUGGAGGUCCACUAGCAUACAAAUAUCAGUUUCAGGAGAUGUACUUUCACUGGGGAGAACCAGGUCGACCUGGUGCAGAGCAUACUGUCAACCAUCAACAGUUCCCUGCAGAAAUACAGAUUUAUGGAUUCAAUACUCAACUCUACUCAAACCUUACAGUAGCAAGGGAGUUUCCUGGCGGUGUGGUGGCAAUCUCUGUUCUUGUGAAGAUAAAGGAUUCUCCACUGAAGAAAGAAACAAGUCUAGCACAGAUCAUUUCUCAUCUUCCAGAGGUAACUUACAGAGGGGGAAGCAGCAGGGUAGGAUUUAUAUCCCUGGCAGAUAUACUUCCCAGAACAGAUGAUUUUAUCACGUAUGAGGGUUCCACAACAUUCCCUGGGUGCUGGGAGACUGUCACGUGGAUAGUGUUCAACAAACCGGUUUAUAUCUCACAACAUGAUAUUGACGCUUUUAGAAGGUUAAAACAAGGAGAUCGACAUCAUGAAAAGGCGCCUCUUGGAAACAAUCUUCGACCCCAGCAACCUUUAAACAAUAGAGCUCUUAGAACCAAUAUAGCAUUGCCAGCACAGAAGGAUGUACAAGGCGAGUGCAGUGACCCCUCUACCCUGCUGACUUACCAACAGAACAGCUGGUUAAAUACAGUGGUUAGUCCAGCUAACUAGACCCCUCUACCCUGCUCACCUACCAACAGAACAGCUGGUUAAAUACAGUGGUUAGUCCAGCUAACUAGACCUCUCUACCGAGCCCACCUACCUACAGAACAGCUGGUUAAAUACAAUGGUUAGUCCAGCUAACUAAGCAGCAGAACAGCUGGUUAAAAACAGUGGUUAGUCCAGCUAACUAUCAACUAUUAGGCAUAUGGAAAUAAUGUCCUAAAAAAUCCCUGAUUUAAUCCUGCGCGCUUGAGUAAAAACAACAUAGUUUAACAAGUCCUUAUUCUCAAAGAAAGUCUACUUGCUGAACUUUGAACUAGAACAAACAACAAGUCCAACAUCUAGCUAAUCAGCAAUCAGCAAUAAAAAUAUUCCUUUUUUUCGAAAUUCGAAAUGCAUACAGUGAUAACCAGAAAACUUUAAAAUAGGAAGACGACUUUGUGGCAAUACUCAAUUUUAUGUUUUACCAAGAUGAAAAUUGCUGUGUCCCACGCUCAUUGGACCAUUUAAAGUUAUUUCUUAAUUAUAAAAGUCGUCUUCCUAAUACAGAGUUUUCUGGUUAUUA